ACCCCCAAUUGGGCCCAAAGAGAAAAAGAGUUUGGAAUUCAAAUGAAAGAUAAAGAUGGCGGCAGCGUCCAUCACCAAAACCCUAACGAAAUUUCGCCCCAUUGGAGCUGGUGAUGAGCUCUUUUACCUUUCAAGGCAGAAGCUUAACGAUGGGCUCCUGCGAGCUUUCUCUGACUCUGCCUCUGAAACUGCCUCUUCUUCAACUGUGGGAAAGUCAGAGAAGGGGUCAAGAACUUUGUCGAAAUGGUUGCUGUUUUUGCCCGGAGCUAUCACUUUUGGUCUUGGAACUUGGCAAAUUUUUCGAAGGCAAGAUAAGAUAGAAAUGCUGGAAUAUAGAUGGAAGAGAUUGGAAGCUGAACCUUUGAAGUUAAAUAUCUUGUCGUUUUCAACUGAAAAUAUGGAUUCUCUGGAGUUUAGGAGGGUGAUAUGCAAAGGAGUUUUUGAUGAGGAAAAGUCAGUAUAUGUUGGUCCACGCUCUAGAAGCAUUUCUAGAGUGACAGAGAACGGCUACUAUGUUGUAACACCUCUGAUGCCAAUCCCCAACAACCCUGAAAGUGUGCAGUCUCCUGUCCUGGUCAAUAGAGGAUGGGUGCCGCAUAGUUGGAGGGAUAAGUCUUUAGAAGAUUCUCGAGAGAAUGAACAGCCUUUAAAUAUAGAACCCUCUGUCCAACAAAAUGAAAGAAGUUCUUGGUGGAAGUUUUGGCCAAAGAAGCCUACGAUAAUUGAGGAUCAAGUCCCUGUGGUGGCGCCUGUAGAAGUUGUUGGAGUAAUUCGUGGAAGUGAGAAGCCUAGCAUAUUUGUACCAGCAAAUGAUCCAAGCUCUUGCCAGUGGUUCCAUGUUGAUGUUCCUGCAAUUUCUCAUGCUUCCUGGCUUUCCAAGAACACUAUUUACAUUGAGGACAUCAACGAAAAUGUCAAUCCAAGCAACCCUUACCCUGUCCUGAAGGAUGUCAAUACCUUGAUUCGCAGUUCAGUGAUGCCACAGGAACAUCUAAAUUAUGCAUUAACCUGGUAUUCUCUCUCUGCUGCCGUUACAUUCAUGGCUUACAAGAUAUUGGUACCAAAAAAGACUCGGAGGUAGCAACUCUUUAAGUUAUUCGGCCUUUACUGAUCAAUUUGUCAUUCAAUAUUGCAUAGGAAUUAGAAUCACGAGAAUAUGAAGCUACUGAAUACAUUUACCUUAUGUUUUUUCCUUCUUGAAGCUAAAAUUUUGUAUGUUAGAUUCAUUAAUCCUUUCAUUCCCGCAUCUGCUGAAGUGGAAAGUAUCCUUCUUGAA